UGCGGCGCGGAGGAUGGGGGCCGGGGUCGCGGCCAGGAGCGCCCGGCAGGUGAUGGACUGCCCGAGGGGAGGAAAGGGACGGGCUGGAUCGCGAUAAGGACCAGGCACCGCUGGAGCAACUUGGUUCGGGACCCUAGAGCUUCAGAGCCGGUAAUGUUUUUUGCAAGCCACAACUUUCAAUAUCAGCCAACUGCUUCCUUUAACAAGAGUCUUUCCUGCUAAUUUUUGUAUUUUUCAAGAUGAGUAAUAAUAGACUAAUUCCCAAGCUCUCCAUUCAAUCUCCUGUUCUACACGCCAACUUAAAUAUCCAGUCUUCAAACUCACCUUUUAAGAAAGAAGAUUUAACUCUGAUUUCAAAAGACUCUUUAGAAUCAGAUUCAGAAAGUCUCACUCAAGAAAUUAAGUCCCUAUCUGGAAUUGAAGACCGAGUCCAAGACAAAGAUAUGGAGCCUGACAGCUUAGAGGAAGACAGUCCCGGACAGGAAAGCCUGAGUGAGACAGAAGAGGAAGCAAGUAGAAAAGCAGCUCAGAGGGCCAGAGAGAAAGACUCUCAUGCCCUGGACAGUGGUGUAAAUCACAGCCAACAACUGAAAGAUGACAAAUAUUCAGACCUCCGAUAUGAUCCGAACUGGAAGAUUAAGAAAGAAGAGGAGCAGCUGUUGGCAGUAGAAGCCUUGCCUAGGUCUGCAGACAGCUCUUCUGAAAAUCUGCCUUUGGUUCCACUCUACCCUUCCAAGGAGACUUCAAUGGAGCUCUGGGGAAAAGACAAAGAAAAAAGGAGUCCUCAGAGCGCAACCUCCUUACUCGGAAGCGAAUUUUUAAGCCCAAACUAUGAACAUGGUACCCAUCACAAUGAGUCCUUUUCAGAGCUAAGUGACAGUGACCGGGAAGAGAAGUCAAGCAACCUCUCUCAGUACCUAAAGAGUUCAAGUUCACAUAAUGAGGUUUUCCUGCCAGGGUCACGUGGCCCUCAGAGAAGGAAGUCCAAGCAGUACUUUGUGGAAAAAAACAAGCUGACUUUGGGAUUACCCACUCCUAAAACAGACUCUUACCUUCAACUUCACAGUAAAAAAAUGGGGGACACUCAUCCAGAACAGAUCUCCUACCCCGUCAGAGUAACUGGCAAGACCACCGCUCAGAAUUCCAAAGAGAUUGAAAAUGCUGCCAUCAAUCCUGAGGACAAAUGGCAUCAAAGAGCACAACAGCUAAAGAAUUACCAGGAACACUGGUCUCAAUAUGAAGGCUCAAAAUCAAGCAAUGUCCCACGAGGUCAACCCUCUGAAACAAUUAAUGGCCAGCAGCCUUCCAGAAGACCAGCCAAGCCCAGGGGUCGGAAACAGCAUAAACGCCAGAAUGACCUGAGGUCUUUCAGGAUGGAAGAGCUCACUGUCCGUCAAGGAAAUCAGAACCACAUUCCUGGACAGCAGCACCAUCAAAAUCAGCCUUUUGAAACCUCAGAAGAACAUGGACCAGUUGUGCUUCUGAGUACCUCUAACAGUGACUUACAAGACUCUAGGGCACUUGGGAGCCAGAAACCUGAAGUAACUUCCAAUACCUUUGCUCUACCAAAUCAGGCUUUUGACAAGGUACUAUAUAAAAACUCUAAUAAAGAAAGAGAAUGCAGACAUGAUGAAGAGAAAAGAUUUCCCUACCAGCAGCUACCCAUCUACACUCUUUCUAAUAUGGAUUUGAACAACCUUAAUGAGCUUCCUAAGAGACACAUGCUCCUCAGCCAGAAAGGAUCUCAGUCUGUUUAUGAAGUGAAUGUUCAGGGAUUGACCCAAAACAAGAAGCAACACAAACAGCCUUCCACAGAGACGAAAUAUAAGAACUUAGAAAUGUUAUGGAAAUUCCAUUCUUCUUUGGACAGCGAGCCCACUAGAGCCUCCCCGGAUUCCCGGCUCCUGCAGAUAAUGGAGCAGCACCAGCAGGCCUUGGUGCAGCUGGCCGAGGUGCAGCCCUGCGAGGGCUCCUCAUCCAGCGUCACAUUCCCCCCCAUCUUGUCCAGAGUCAAAAGCGAAUCCCAGCUCAGCUCGGAGAGAAGCCAUAGAAACCAAGUGAAACUCAGUCAUAGCAAUUCUGAAGGCUAUCUGUUUCAACUGGAAAAGGGGAAAAAGCAUAGGAAAAGAAGCAGCAUUAAGACUUCCAAGCUGAAAGGUUACCAGAAAAGAGACGUGAAGCUUGGAGGCCUGGGACCCGACUUUGAGUCCAUCAGAGACAAAAUGCAAAGGCUAGCACAGCAAAAGGAAUAUGCAGAACAAGUUAAGGAGUACAACAUGAAGGCUCUGUCCGUCCUGUCCAAAUCACAAACAGCAAAACCUGAAACUAAAUCAGCUGCCCCUCGGCAAAAGGCUUUAGAAUACGCUAAGACCAUCCCCAAACCUAAAUCAUCAAAUCUGACUGAUCAAGCAGCAAAGAAAAAGAAACAUUCAACAUAUGGUGGGAAGGAAGAAAGUUUUCCUGAAAUCUCACUGCUGGAAAUACUGCAGAACAGACACGAAAGGGAAAAACAGGCUGUGGCUGCUUUCAAAGUCCUUCACAUUGUCUAGGCAAUAUUUGGUAGGAGAUCAAAAACACUCUGAAAAUGGACAUGGGGAAAGGAACUCCAAGCAGCCCAUCUGCCUGGAGCAUGGUGCCUUAGUCCUGUCUUCUAGCUGCAGUCCAUGUUUGUUUUGUGUGGGAUUCAUAAGGGGGGUUUCAUCAGAUUAUGGUGCCACGUUUUACCUUCUAGGGAGAGAAUUUUUUUUAAUUUAUUUUCAAAUCAGUUAGAAUUGAGGCUGAU